AUGGACUUCGUGGACUUCAUCCUCGAGGCUCGUAUGCCCAAAGGCGGAGGAGCCUCAGGUGGUGGCGGUGGAGGCAGGGGAGGAGGCUCCGGUAAAUCUUCAAAGUCCAAGUCCAAGUCAAAGUCAAAAACAAAGAGCAAGGGCGGCUUCGUAGCAGGCGGCGGCGGCGGCGGAGCCGGAGGCGGGGGCAACGACGGCUUCUCCAAAUUACCAGUAUGGGCGCGGGUCCUCAUCAUCUUACUCAUCGUCUGGUUCAUCAUCUUUCUCAUCUCCCUUUUCUACUUCCUGGCGCAAGAAUUCAAACGUAAAAAGCGAGGAGAAAAGUUCCGUCUAGGUCACGUCUUCGGCCACGCUCUCCUCGUCUCAACGGGUCUCUGGCUCCCCGUCCUGAUCUACAAGAAGAUCGCCGAGCGCAAGAAGAACAAGAGCGGCACCUACGCCAAAAUCGAGGAAGGCCACGGCAAGGAGGGAAACAGCAGCACGAACCACGACUACUGGUACGGCGGCGCCGGCAGCAAGUACGACCCGCCUCAGUACCAGUCGCCAAUGCCCGCCCCCGCUCCGUCGCCGUCUCCGAGAACCCCGGGCAAGACUGUAUACUACAUGCCCCCGCCCCCUUCGCAUGCCGCCGAGACUCAGCCUCCGCCUCGCUAUAGUUGA